AUGAACAAUGAUGAAGAGGAAGAAGAAGAGCAAGACGAAAGGGACAAAAAAAAGAGAAAAAGAAACGGGAUAUCUUCCCAGGAUGAACAGUUGAUGAUGUUGACCAAGAAACUUAUUGAAAUCAGAAGCAUAUUGAUGUCCAUUGAUCAUAAUGAGACGCUGAGACUACCCAGCAUUGUCGUGAUUGGAUCUCAAAGCUCAGGCAAGAGCUCAGUGUUGGAAGCCAUUGUGGGUCAUGAAUUUUUGCCCAAGGGAAAUAAUAUGGUAACACGACGACCCAUUGAAUUAACAUUGAUUCAUACACCAGAUCAAAAGGAAGAAUAUGGUGAAUUCCCAGAACUUGGGCUUGGUAAAAUAUUUGACUUUAAAAAGAUUCAAAAGACGUUGGUAGACAUGAAUCUGGCUGUAUCGGAAGCCGAAUGUGUAUCUGAAAAGCCGAUUGAACUUCGAAUUUACUCACCUAAUGUGCCUGAUCUUACUCUGAUCGACCUACCGGGCUAUAUCCAAAUUUCCAACCGCAAUCAACCUGAAACAUUGAAAAAGAAGAUUGAAGAUUUAUGUGAAAAGUACAUUCGUGGACCCAACAUCAUCUUGGCUGUCUGUAGUGCUAAUGUCGACCUGGCAAACUCACCUGCCCUGAGGGCUAGUCGGAAAUGGGACCCCCUCGGCUUACGAACGAUUGGUGUGAUUACCAAAAUGGAUCUUGUAUCUCCUCAAGUGGGUGCCUCCAUUCUUCGUAACACAGACUAUCCCUUACAUUUAGGGUACAUCGGAGUUGUCUGUAAAGCACCCGAUAAUCCGACAGACGAAAACAUGACAGAUGCAUUGAUCAAGACAGAAGAAGCAUUCUUUAGAUCUCAUCUCAUCUUUAAUCAGAGAGAUAUUCAAGUAGGCACUUCCACACUUCGCCACAAACUGAUGAACGUGCUCGAGCAAAGCAUGGGACGAUCCCUUUACAGUAUUGUAGAUGCAGUUCAAAGAGAGCUUGAGGAAGCCAAGUAUCAAUUUAAGGUACAGUACAACGAUAGAAGGGUUACGGCUGAAUCCUAUGUGGCCGAGACGAUGGACUGCUUAAAGCACGACUUUAAAAAUUUUGCAAACAACUUUGGAAAGCCGCAGGUGCGACAUGAAGUCAGGUCCAUGCUGGAGCAACGCGUGUUGGAUAUCUGUGCGGAACAGUAUUGGUGUGAUCCCAAAAUAGCAGAAUUGCCCAAGGCAGCCUCAGAUGAUAUCUACUGGCUCUACAAAAUUGAUCUUGCUUCGGCAGCAUUAACCAAGAGUGGCAUCGGUCGGUCCACUACCCAGUUAGUCGUGGAUGUGUUGAUGAGCAAUAUGGAACGUUUGGCUAAUGCUGAGCCGUUCAAGUAUCACCCAGAGACACGCAAGCAAAUAAUGAAUUUUGCAAGUGAAAUUCUAAGAACCAAGUUUUUGACGACAAGUGAUCAGGUAGAGAAUACGAUCAAGCCUUACAAGUUUGAGGUGGAAGUAACAGACGUUGAAUGGAACGAGGGAGUGAAGCGAUCUAUUGCCUUGCUUGAAAAAGAGUUGGAGAUGUGUGAGGAAAUGACUACGUCCAUCAAGAACUCGGUUGGCAAGAAGAAGCUUCAGAGCGCAAUCAAUUAUGUACUGGAUAUGGACAAGGAAGAAUAUCGUCGCAAACUGGAAAAUGAAACGGUGGAAGUGAAAGGAGAAGAACAACAACAACAUCAACAAGACGAAGAAGAAGUGAAAUCGAUUUAUAAUCCCAAGCUUUUGAAGAAAGCCAAAGAUGCAAUAUUUUUAAGAGAUCGUGCAAUGAUAUUAAAGUAUCGUAUCGCAGCAUUAAAGAGUCGACAAUGUAAGAGUUCGGAAAAUAAACAGUAUUGUCCUGAGGCAUUUUUGAAUGUGAUUGCCGAGAAAUUGACAUAUACAGCGGUUAUGUUCAUUCAAGUUGAGCUUCUAAACGAAUUCUUUUUCCAAUUUCCUCGAGAAGUAGACAAUAGACUUGUUUAUGAAAUGGAUCGACAGCAAAUUCAGCAAUUUGCAAGAGAGAAUCCACCGAUCCUAAGACAUUUGGAAUUACAGGAACGUAAGAUGAAAUUGGAAGAAGUGAUGGACAAACUGAAUUACCUGGUAAGAAGACAAGCAGACAGACAGUCUUAUUCCACCAAUACAACAAAGUCUAAUCCAUACAUGUAA